UACCACAGCAGCUCUGCUGUGUUCUGGUGGAUUUCAGGUCAGCGUUCAAGGCCCCGACUUUAGGGGAGAGCCUGCGGGGCAGUGGCAUGUGCUACGUCACCGUGUUUUUCCUUCUUUUCCUGACUCUGGAGUUACGGCUCUGCAAGUGGCCGUUCUGUGAGAGCAUCAUCCAGCAGGCACAGGUUCUGCCUGCCUGCAAGUGACUCACGCUGGUGACUGGAGGCUGAGCCCUGCUGGCCCGGAAAUGGAAGGCCUCCAGAAAAGCACAUAUGGAGCCAUAGUUGAAGGGAGAGGGAAAGCCUACUGUGGAGCAGAAUCGGGCUGCCUGAGGAUCCUCCUGGUGGGUAAAUCUGGCUGCGGGAAAAGCGCCACAGGAAACAGCAUCCUCUGCCGAAAAGCAUUUGAGUCCAGGCUUGGAGCCCAGUCAGUGACCAGGACCAGCCAGGCAGAGAUGGGCACAUGGAAGGGAAGGAGACUGCUAGUGGUAGACACGCCCCCCAUCUUUGGGUCAAAGGCCCAGAACCAAGACAUGGACAAGGACAUUGGAGAUUGUUACCUGCUGUGUGCCCCAGGACCCCACGUGCUGCUGCUGGUGGCCCAGCUGGGACGCUUCACAGCUCAGGACACCCUAGCCGUGAGGAGGGUGAAGGAGAUCUUCGGGGCAGGAGUCAUGAGGCACAUGAUCGUCCUCUUCACCCACAAGGAAGACCUGGCAAAUGAGACCUUGGAUGAGUUUGUGACCCACACUGACAACCACAGCCUGCGCAGCCUGGUCCACGAGUGUGGGAGGAGGUACUGUGCCUUUAAUAACAGGGCCUCAGGGGAAGAGCAGCAGGGACAGCUGGCAGAGCUCAUGGCCCUGGUGAGGGGGCUGGAGCAGGAGUGUGAGGGCUCUUUCCAUAGCAAUGACCUCUUC